GUCAGUCAAAGGACAUUUAAAUGGCUACACUGUGCAGAACUGUGCAGUAGCUCGCGCUGUCAUGAAAUUCUCUGAAAUCGUCCGGUUUAUUUUCUAGCUACUUUUUUUCUGCACUACUUUUUUACACGAUUUAAGAUUAUGGUUACGCGUAUAAGUAAAUCUACACGCGAAAGUCCUAAAAUGAGCGACGAGGAGGACACAUUGCAGAAGACUAGACAUGCAUUUGAAGAUCUGUGUCGAGCUCUGAAUAUGGACGAGGAGUCGAGUAACAGCGCGUGGACGAGUUAUGAAAACAUCAGCAAACAUUACACUCUCGAGGGUAGUGAGCUGCACUGGUUGGCAUGUGCUCUGUAUGUGGCGUGUAGGACUUCAGUGCCCACAGUCGGUAAAGGCACAGCAGAGGGAAAUUAUGUGUCGCUGACCAGAAUACUACAAUGUUCAAAACAGAGUUUGAUUGAGUUUUUUAAUAAAAUGAAGAAAUGGCAGGAUAUGGCCAACCUACCCGAGGAGUUCCAGCAGAGCACUGAGAAACUCGAGAGAAACUUCACCGUAACAGCCGUCAUCUUUAAGAAAUAUGUUCCUAUUUUCAAAGACAUCUUUAAGACGCCCACUGAAGAAUUACCCAGAACGCACAGGGGCAGGAAGCAGAGACGGCAUCCCUGCACUGUCACCGAGGUCUUCAACUUCUGCUGGGUCCUGUUCGUACAUGCUAAAGGAAACUUCCCUAUGAUCAGUGAUGAUCUGGUGAACUCGUAUCACCUGCUCUUGUGUGCUCUGGAUGUGGUUUACUGCAACUCACUGCUGUGUUCGAGUCGUAAAGAUCUGCUUAACCCCUCUUUUAAAGCACUGCCGGAGGAUUUUAGCAGUAAGGAUUAUAAACCUGGCCCAGGUUCAUUAUGUUUCAUAGAGCAGUUGUGUGAACUACAUGAUGGUCUGGUGCUGGAGGCCAAAGGAGUGAAGGAGCAUUUCUGGAAGCCCUUUCUCAAAAAACUCUUUGAACGCAAGAUUUUAAAAGGGAAAGAAGACACGCUGACAGGAUUCUUUGAUCCAGUUAAUUUCAGUGACAGUCUCUCAUCUCUGAACCGAGUGUACGAGGAACAUGUGUUAUCAUCCGGUUCUCUGGAUGAGAGAAUAUUUCUAGGAGAGGCAGCCAGAGAAGACAUUGGUGCCUCCGGACCCUGUUUAUGUGAGGGUAUAGAGAGCCAGGAGCGAUCAGGCAACACCCUUCAGAACUCUCUGACAGGUCUUAGGGUUUCCACUCCACUCACAGGAAGGAGGUACGUUCCGGACAGCAGCAUCGGUACCCCUGUAUCCACGGCGAUGCAGAGUGUGGGCCGCCUGCACACUCUGCUGACAGGAUUGAAAUACAGACCCAGCAUGAGACUUAGAGACACAUUCAGAUCAUGUGGGAGAGACCCCAGUGAGUCAAUAGCAGCCAGACUGAAGGAGAUGUCAGAGACUUACCUUCAGAAUUAUGAAGGAAAAGGGGAAGAUAACAAGUGCCUGGCAAGAGAUGUCGCAGUAAAGUACUUCUGUCUGGCUGAAGCUUUAUAUUACAAAUCUCUGGAAGCAAUAAUCAACCAGGAAAAGAAAAGGCUGGGAGAAGUGGAUCUGUCUGGCAUUCUACAGCAGGACGUGUUUCACCGCUCGUUGAUCGCCUGCUGUCUGGAGAUCGUCAUCUUCUCGUAUCGACCGCCGGGAGAGUUCCCACGAGUCUUACAGAUCUUUGACCUUCCCGCUUAUCACUUUUACAAGGUUAUUGAAGUGCUGGUCCGAGCUGAGGAGGGUCUGUUUCGGGAAGUGGUCAAGCAUCUUAAUCAUGUAGAGGAGCAGGUACUGGAAAGCUUGGCAUGGAAAGCAAAUUCUCUGCUAUGGGACAGCAUCCGAGAGGCCAAGAACUGCGUUCCUGCCUGCCAGGAGGUGAUGCCUCCUCAACACCUGGAGGAAAAUUCAGAAAAAAACACAGUCACUUCAAUCAAGAGGGAAUUCAGUGCUAACAUACCAACGGCAGGGAAAGGAGUUUCUCCGUCCCCCACCUCUCUCCACGAGCGUUACAGUUCGCCCCUUACUGGCAUGGCUCGACGCCGGCUGUUUGUCGAUGGAGAGACGACCUCUGAUCCCGCCCAACCUGUCAAGGUGGCUCAGCCCUCUCUGGUCACCACCAUCCCAGCUGGACAGACUGUGGUCACCAUGGCAACGGCUACUGUCACUGCAAACAACGGCCAGACGGUCACCAUUCCCGUCCAAGGUAUAGCCAAUGAGAGUGGUGGUAUCACAUUCAUUCCAGUGCAAGUGAGUGUGACGGGACAGAGUGGGGGGGGUCUGCCAACCUUUAGUGCCCAUUCUAUGACGGGCACACUAACCGCCCAACAGCUGACCGCCACGCCUGCCAGGACCGUCCAGAAUAACGGCACUCCUGCCAAACAGGACAGAAAGAGCCCUCAGCAAGGGACACCCACCAGCCGUGCACAGAAGACCGGGUCGCUUUGUCUGUUCUUCCGCAAGGUGUAUCACCUGGCUAGUGUGCGUCUCAGAGACCUGUGCGCUAAACUGGAUAUCAGUACAGACCUGCGCAGGAAGAUCUGGACCUGUUUUGAGUAUUCACUUGUGCACUGCACUGACCUCAUGAUGGACCGCCAUCUAGACCAGCUUCUCAUGUGUGCCAUUUAUGUCAUGACUAAGGUAACUAAAGAGGACAAGUCCUUUCAGAACAUCAUGAAGUCCUACAGAUCUCAACCUCAAGCCAAAAGCAGCGUGUACAGGAGUGUGUUGAUCACGGCGAGGAAGAGACGUCACUCAGGGAACAGUGAAAACACACACAGACAGAGCUCACCCACAGAGGGAGCGCUAGAACAAGCGAGCGGUGAGAGCAGUCCUGUGUCUGUGCGAUCCAGCAGCACUCUUCCCAUUCCUCAGCCUAGCAGCGGCCCUUCUACCCCGACGAGGGCCCUCGGAGCACAAGAGCAAGAAGAGGAGAGAGGAGACCUCAUCCGUUUCUACAACCACGUCUACAUCAAACAGAUCAAACAGUUCGCACUGCGUUACUCCGGCAACUCUGCAAAAAAUGGGGCUGAAGCUCCUCCCCUGUGUCCGUAUCCAUCACUCCGGAUUGGCUCUCCACGACGGGUCCUCCUCUCCCACAAUCACGCCAUCUACAUAUCUCCUCACAAGAGUCCCAGUCCUCUUCCACCUCGAGACAAGAUCUUCUACUACAUCAGCUCUAGCCCGUCUAAUCGCCUGCGAGAGAUCAACAUUAUGAUCCGGACAGGCGAGACGCCCACUAAGAAGCGAACCAUCGCUCUUGAGGAAGACCAGCAGUCUCCCGCCAAGAGACUUUGUCAGGAGAACCAGACUGCCCUUCUUAGACGCCUGCAGGAUGUGGCCAAUGACCGCAGCUCUUCACAUUAAUAAAAGUGUUGUUUUUUUAGCACAAAGUUAGAGAAACUGAAAAUGUAACAGAUUGUUUAUUCAUUAAGGAGACGCUUUUACCCAAAGCAACAUACAACAACAAAUACAUAGUUCCCGUACUUCACAGGCCGAUAAGCUUUUAUGAAAAAAAUCUAAAUAAUCAGCCAACCAAUGAUAUCGCUUCAUUAGAGUUUGCGUAGUUUUAAAGGCUCAGAUGUAAUAUGAUGAGAUUUGAAGCACUUAACAAUGGAUUUUCUCGCUGAUUUUAUCAUGUGUGCAUUUUAUAAAAAGCUAUUUUUCCUAAAGGUUUUUUAAUGUAUAGUAACAGAGUUCAUCUUAAGAAAUGAGAGAUGUGUGUGAACUCUUGCGAUGUGUCUAUGUAUUUGCUGUAUGUGCGUGCGUGCUCGGUUUAUAUAUUUAUGCUAUUUUUCUAACUUUAGUAAAGGUAGUGUGAAGAGCGACAUCAGGUAACAAUCAUGUUCAUAAUCAUGUGCAGAAAGUCAGUGCUCAUAUUUAUUUGUCUGUAUUUGUUUGUUUGCAUGUAAGUUUUUCGUCAUAUCCGAUAGGAAUGCAUCCAAAUGUUUGUGCUUUUUGACAACAGUUUGUUUUCUUCCCUCUGACAUAUGACAUGUGUAUUUUUUGUUGUAAGUGCCUUUUCUUCUGGACCUGAUAACCUCUCUUUACCCUAACACAGCAGGCUAACAUUAAAUUCAACAUCAUUUAGCAUUAAUAAGAAUAAAAACAUCCCUGAUAAGUCAAA